AAUGUCUUGGACUGUCAAUCUGAAAUCCGGGUGAUAUUACACGCAAUAUUUGUUAAAAGUGCAUUAUUUUUCCAUUGUGGACUGUUCUAAGUGCUAAAUAUGGUUUACGUGAACAUUAGUGGUGAUAUUUUAUGUGUCGUGUUACGAUAUUUUUUUCAUGAAGUGUAGGUAAUGACAUCGGGGAAUGCACAUAAUAUUUUUAGAAUUAUGUAGUUUGUACGUUAGAGGACAAAAUAACAAGUCGGAACGCAUUAUGGAAGAAAAUUCGAUCGUCCGUGAUCUCAUCACAAAAAUCCUUGAUGAGACCGGACCUUCAGAAGGGAGCAGCUCUUUACAACCACCGGAAAAAACUCUAAACGGCUUACAGACGAACAGCCAGUAUCCUAAAAAUGAUUCAGCUAAUUCAUUCAUACCACCGUCAUACAACUCGUAUCAAAGCAACGGACUGUACAACUUCAACCAAAAUGACCAAAACGGUUUCAACUAUAACAUGCAAAACGGGUUUGGUAACACCAACGGUUUCGUCAAUUAUAACGAGAAUGAUGUGAGUGCGUUGCUUGGGAUCGACCCAGUACCAGAUACCACAGACACUGUGUCCCCAGAACAAUUAAAUCUACUCAGACUAGCCGCACAGGAAAUAGGCGGUGCUCAAUUCACAACACCGAAUAAAUACGACGAAAAAUUCAACUACAACUUUUUCGAACCGAACCAAAGAAAUUCGUUGCCCGAAACGAACAUGUUCUCUGUGAACAACUUCAACAGACCGAACAGUUUAAAUCUCGACAUGAAUUACAAUUCAAAUUAUGACGCUCAAUUCAAUAACGCACAAAGGUUCCCGAACAAAUACGAGAAUUAUAUGAAGGAGAAUUCCGAGACGGAAAUAUUGUCAUAUUUGAAUCAAUUGAACAUGUCUUCCGAUAGGAGUCGUGAAGAAAACGGUAUUAAUAACAUAGAUUUCAAGAUGCCAAUGGAUUUAAAUGGCCAUUACCCCAACGAAGACUUUAACAAAAUGCAGGAAGAGAGGAACAAAGUGUUCUACAACAGAAACUUUCAGCAAAUGCCACCGAAUAAAAACUUUGCAGAGAAUAAUUUCUUCGAUAUGAUGGCACAGAUGAACGAUCGAAGCCCAAUGAGCCAGAAUUUUGAUUUUUCGAAUCAAUCGACGCCCGUUUCUGGAGCAAAUUCGAUUAAUUACAAACCUAACGGGUAUAACCAGAACGAUUUUAUGCAAAGACGUGAUUUGAACCAAAUGAUGCCUAGGGACAACUUUCAAGGGAAUGGGAAUAUGAAUGAGAGGACCAAUUUUGAGAAUAUCGGUAGAGAGAACAUGCAACAGGCAGCUUUGUUGAGGCAGAACCAGGAAUUGGCUCGGCAGAUGACGUUACUGAUGCGAAAUCGACCACCGCCUAACCCGCUGAAUGUCGACGUGUCGUUCUUACACGAAAAUAAUCCUUUUAACCUAGGUCUGGGUGCACUGCUUGGCCCCAGCCCGCCAGUCCCACCGCCUGUGUUGCCAUCACCAAUGCUUGAUCUACCUCUUUUGGCGCCAUUUUACGCUAUGCGGAAUAUGAGUGCGGCAACAUCAUCAGGCAUACUCCACGCUCGCCUCGACGCCUGUUACGAACAAUGGCGUCAGUUGGAACGCGAACGUAAGCGUACCGAGGCCAGGUUAGCCCUGGCUUACCCGGGCAGGGCUGUGUCCUCGUCCAACUCCAUCCCGGUACCGCGACUGCCGCCCUGCCCUACUAGGGUUGACAGGCUCACUGUGGAUAUGCUGAGAGAGCAUACUAAGGUAUUAACCCUGAUGGGUAAAAUGGAGACUCUACGAGCGAGCGUCUGCGUAGCGCAGAACAAGAAGCCAAAUAAACUUGAAGAGAACAAGAUCACUGUCCUCAAGCGAGGUCAGGAUGUGGCUGAAAAGGAGAAGGAGGGCGUCGACCCCGCGACCUUUGACCCUGCUAGCUGGAGGGAUGAUGUCAAGAAUUUGGCUGAGAUCGCGCCGCACAGCGAGGUGGAGAGCGCGAUGUUGUCGUGGCGCAGCGCCGUGGGCGGCGUGCAGGCGGCGCGCCGCCGCGAGCUGGCGCCGCACCCGCCGCCGCACCGCGCGCGGCACGCGCCGCACGCGCGCGCGCGCCACGACCCCAUCCUGCAGCUGGCGGACGCGGUGAAGCAGCUGAGCAUAUGCGCCCGGCGCGCGCGCUGCGCCAUGUGGUGCGACCUGACGCUGACGGUGGCGCUGGCGCCCGCGCACACGCCGCCCGCCGCCAGCGAUGUCGCCAGUGACACGGCCUCUCAGAGCUCACCAUCUCCGCCGGUCACGAAGCCGCCGUCACCUCAAAAUAAUGCUUCAGCCAGUCCCCCGGCCGAGGUUAAAGCUGAGACUACUGAGACUAAAGAGGAAAACCCACCCGCAACAACCUCCGAACCUCAAACAAAGAGCGAAACCAAAAACGAACCUCCCAAAACGGUAGCCAACAAACUGACUGAGAAAGACAAGAAUCAACGUCGCACGCAGAACUACAGGAAGGUGAACCAACGGAACGACUUCUACCAGAAGAACCAGAGGUACGAUAACAGGUUCAUGCAUAACCGACACCCAUACCAUUAUCUCGCUACUGGACCUAUUAAUUAAGAUGUGUUUUGUGAUUUGGACCUUAUUUGUAGGAUUAUAAGGUAGCUAAUUCGUUACCGAGCUUUCAAAUCUGAUCCUAGACGUGAAUUUAUCUACGAUAGAAAAAGUUUGUUGAAAAAAAGUUCUUAAGCUUUUUGUUACUUUAUUGUUGAUUCGAAUGAAUUUUUCCUAUAAUGAUGACCUGAAUGUAUAGAUUUUGACUUUAUGUAUACGAAAUACAAAUAUGACCAUUGAUUUUGAUUAUUUUUAAUUGUGAUUAUUAGUAAAAUAACAAUGAUUAAUAACGGAUUAAUACACUUAUUGUUUGCCAUAAAAGUCCUGAUGAAUUAUGAAUGAGAAUGUUGCAUAAAUUUUGACCCGAGAAAAUUAAGUAUUACAGAAAAUUGUUACUUCUACAAAUAAGGUUCAAAAUGUCUGAAAAAAUAUUCGCCCAAGGUGUGAUAAAGACAAUAUAAUUUGAAUUACCGCCUCAACGUAUAAAAACGUGAACCUCUAUAGAUGUAAUAAUUAUCUCAAUAAUAAGCAGGUGCAAUAAUCUUUUUAAUAAGAAUAAGUAUUCAAACUACUUGGAUUAAACUCCUUGUUAAAUUGCCAUAAUAAAUAAUACUUAAUUUAUUAUAAGGAAAAACGUUUGGUAUUCUCAAUUUGAGCAAGUCAUAAAGAUUCGUUCUUAAAAUUAAAUUGCACCUAAUUGGAUUCUCGGUUAUGGUUUUCAGUCAAAUUGAAAAAUGAUAAUGUUUAAUAGUGUGUACAGUGUAGUACAUGAAGAGCCCUUAAUUACAUCUAUGAGUUCACGUUUUUUUAAUGUUUGUCAAAAGUUGAUCAAUACAUGUUCAGUUGGGUAUGAUGUAAACACGCUUAGCUCGAAUUAAUACAAAUCUUUAUAAUGAAAUACUGGUUUAUAUAACUAUUUUCUAUUUAAAUAUUCUGUGGAUAAACACGUAUGCUAUUUUCUUGAUUACUCAGUGUAUAACAUGUAUUGGUUAACUCUUGUUCAGAGGGUCUAACACCAUCUCUUAAAGUAUGACUGAAUUAAAGUUGAAAAGAGACAGCCUUUAGUAUAUCGUCUCAUUCCCACAAUAGAAUGUCUUACAUUAAGAGCUGGUGGUAGGAUUUUAGGCAAAGAGUUCCAAGAAGUUUUCUACGUCGUUUGUAUUGAGGUUUUAAUACUAUUUUAACGCAACUCUUUAGCCAACGAAGCCUCAGCAUAAAGCAUUUUAUCAUGAGACGAAAUAAUGAUUUUAAACUUGCAUAAUUAAAGUAUGAAAUAUAAAAAAUAUACCUACUUAAAUAUAUAUUUACUCGGUGUUUUUAAUAGUUCGGUGUUAGGUGACAUAGUCGUGGAUUUAGCUCUCUUUAUAGAUUCAGGGAAUGAAAGGUGGCUUUAAAUGGUAAAAUUUGUCUAAUAUAAGCUUGCUAAUAAACAAAUAGCAUUUAAUGUUUUAUAGUUAAAGUACAAUAAUAUAAGAUACAUGUUAUACUGCGUUUUAAAUGUUUGACCAGACACCAAAUUAAGGUCAAUGGAUCUGUUUAGAAGAAAUUUUUAUCUACUCACUAUAAUAUUUCAUACUUUAAUUAUCAAGUGAGCGAUACUUUGCGAAAGAUCGUUGCAAUCAUAAAAAUAUCAUAUCAACAAACGAAUAUUGUAGGGAACGAGUGACACUUUUUAAUAUUGAAUUCAAGUUAUGCAUUUAUGUACGCUGAUGAAUUUAAAAUGGUAUGUUUAAUGUAACCUUUAGAAUACAGAUUUAAAAGCUUUUGUACUUUCAUAGAACUUGAUAAUUCCUUUAUAUAAAACCUCUUUUUCAUACCACGCUUUAAACGUUUAACUAUAUCUCUGAUUGUCCCAUUUGAUGGUUCGAAGCGUACGCAAUUUUAAAAAGUGCACUCAAACUAAGACUUAACACAGGUAUAACAGAGACCACGAUUAUUAUAUGAUUAUAAUAAAAAAAAAAUACAUAUAAAUCUGUGUGUAGGUUAGAUAAUUGCCAGUAUCAAGAUUUGUGUUAUUUAUUCAUCGUGCUUAGCUGAAUGUUUAAAGUAUUAUAAAAGGGGAGUUAUCGGCCGCUGCGGUGUUACUUGCCAAAAUAUUCGGUGUGAGCAGAACGUAUGAUAAUGUGGAGUUUGAAAAGUGAAGUCAGCUAGGAAAUGAGGGUAGAUCGCUUUUUGAAUUCAGUGUUAGAUGCAUAGUAUAGAUGUUUUAUCGUGUGUGAGAGAUGACUAACUAAUUCAUGUCCAAUGUUACGUAUUUAUUCAAAUUUUGAUUGGAAGAAUGCAAUAUUAAAAUGCAAAAGGGUUUCCAUGCCAACUCUAGGUACUUUAUUACACUUAAACCAGUUUCUAGUCACACAUUAAACAAAGUAUUUUUAUGAAUGGAUUGAAAGCUGUUCGCUCACACCGACUUCGUAAGAACCCUUUAAAAAUGUGAUGUUUCUACGUUAUUACUAGUUGACACUAUUUUAAUAUAUCACGUUCGUAUAACAAAAAAGUAUAUGAAAUGAAGUUAUGAACUAUUAGAGUAUAAGAGUACCACUUUUUAUUUAUUUAAUUGAGAGAAAAAAAAGAAAAACAAUGAAUUUAAAUUCGAAUGAAUUUGUAUAGUUGAUAGUUAGUGCUUAUUCGAAUGAUGGAACGUACUGAAUCGAUUAAGGGUUGAGAAGAAUCGAUUGAAAAAUAAUAUGUAUCGAUCACUGCUUGGUAUUUAAAUGAUUGCUUAACAAUGUAAAUGAUAUGUAUUAUUUUUUAUAAAUUGAUGACCUCGCCCUAUUAUGUAAGGUUGGAUGCUUCAAAGUCGGAUCGGCUAGGUUUUCGUCAAUUCUUUACAAACUUUAAUUUGUACUGUAGCAUUGUCAACCUAUUACUGCUACGGUCCAUAACGUUGUUAGGAAUUCACUUGUGUGUAGUAAAUGUUCGGCCAAAAUUGAAUUGGACUAUAUGUUAGUAUAUAUUUUCAUUAGUAUUUUUUUUUGCAUGAGAAUCAAUAGCUACGUAUGUCCCAGUAAAGGGUUUUCCAGUAUAUCGUACAGUGCACAAACUGGUCGUAACCAAAACGAUAGGGUAAUAUAAAUCUUCCAUCUUUAGUUCGUUAGUAUGUAAGAACAAAUAUUAGUUAUUUAAAAAAAAUAUUUUUCACAUUAUAUGUUUAAAGUUUAGUAAUACCGGUUUCUGUGCGUUUAAUGUUCUUGUAGGGAGAUUCGGUGUCUUAAAUACUUGUAAUAUAAGUAUUAGAAAGAUAAGAUGGUUAUUCAAUCAGUAAUAGUUUUGUUAAGCAUCUCUAUCUUCGUGUCUAUUUUAUCAGAAACCGGUAGUUACACGAAAGAUUUAUUUAAUCAAUUACAAAUGGCUAUAGAUUUUUUAUUAGUAUUCGUUGAUUGUAGUGCCUUUCUAUAUAAAAUGUGCAUGCAUUUUAAGCCCUAUGCAGUUUUGUACAAGCAUUCGAAAAGUUACUCGAAUGACCGUUGAUUUUUUCAUAGUUUUUUUUUUAGUUAUACCUUACUCGUGAUGCAUUUCCGUGUGCAAUAAGCUUUAUUUAUUUUUAAAUGCACUCGUAGUGCUGUUCGUAAAGCGAUGGGGUUGGAUCGGUGUUAGGAAAUUAUAUAGAAAAAUAUUUAUAAAAGUGAAUAAUAAAUUAAUUAAACAGAGACAAGGUGUUUUCAGGUUAUUCGAGCUCUGUUUAACAUAUCCUUGUGAUUAUAUAACGUAGUCGUGACUACCCCGAAUAAUGGUUGCGGUCAACCUCAUGAUGCUUUACCCAAGUGAUUUAGAUAAAGUGUUAGUCUUACCAACCCCACGUAUAUGCUUCCAAUAUUGAUAUAUUAAAACAGAUAUUAGUACAAUCAAUUCGCACCUAGCGUAUAGCAUGUAGUCAAAGAUAUUCUUGUUCUUAAAGAAAAAUAUUUAGCACAAUAUAUUAAAAAAAAUGUUUAGUUUUAUAGUGAAUUAGUAGGUAGAAAAUUAUUUCCUAAUGAAAGCUGACUAUAUUUAAUACUGAGAAAAAGAUUUUUUACUUCACUGUUUUCCGAUGUUGCCAUAUAGUAACUAUUUACCUCAAUCACUGUCUUGCAAUGUAGAAAAAUUUUAUAUACUUAUUCUAUUUUCGUGCGCAAAGUAAAGGUACUAAGUGUCAUUGCUGUUUAAAAAGUUUAUUAUUUGUUAGACGAAUUCGUUAGGUCUUGGCUACACUGAAAUGCGAUGCUUUUAAUACGCGACGCUAUAAAAAUAUAUAGUAAAUUAUAUUAUUGAAUGAAAUGGGCUUUGUUGUUGAGAAAUUUAUAAUUUAUUAAUAGAUAUAUAAAUAUUUUUAGAGGCAGCAUUAUAAAGUAGAUGCCUAAUAAUAAAAAACGAAUGAAGUGUUUGCUUCGAUUUUAAUAUUCCUAUAGACUGAACGAUAGCUUAUCAUUUGUAGAAGAUACAAAUAUAAAGAUAUAAUUUAUUAAAGUUAUUAAGUGCAAUAUCGCCUUACAAAUAUUCUAAAAUACGAAUUAUUGUCGUGAAUCUAUCGCUUCGCUUCGCAUAUUCACUGUAGCCGACACUUUAUUUGUUUAAGUUUCAUUGGACUCAGAUGAAUUUAUUUACAUAUUAUUAUUUAUAUAGUCCACGACAAGGCUAUGAGUUGCUUGCUUUCUAGAUACUUCUAGAAAAUUCUUAAGAAUGGGGAACCUUUAAGUACCACAACUAGCUUCUCUUAAAAUUUCGUUGUUGCCAUUGGGGUAUUGUAACAUAGAAUAAAAAUAAGUACAACCAAAUAUUGACUUGUAUACGUAAUUAAUUCAUAUUCUAAAACUUGGUUGCAUGUUCAUUGGAUAUGAAAAAAAUGAAUAGAAUUGCAUUUCUAAAUAUAUGAAUUAAAAAAGGCUAGAUUGGAUUUUCAGCGAAUAUUUUUUGUAUUAAGGAAUUUUUAAGGUCAUUUCCUCGCCAAUUUGCAUUUCAACUCGGAUACCUCAAAUUAUUAUAGGAAACGAAUGCUUUGAUAUUGGCCUAUUAGCAAACAUUGAUAAGCGGUUUGUGUAUCAGCUUUAACGUUUGAUGGCUGUGACAUCACAAUGCCCCAAAGACGCGACCGGCUUGCCAACGAAGCCCGAAUUUGUUUUAGCUCAAUAACGUUUCCUUCCGUCCAUAUUAUAUUGGAAUUUUCAUAGCAUAAGCUUCCCUAAUGCAUUUUUAAACCACAACCCAUACCUACAUGCCUUACGUCAUUUUUAUUUUCGUUUCUACUCUUCCUAUUUUAAUCCUCCUCUAAGGGUAAAUGUUGUACGCUAUUAAUUAUAAAAAAAAAUGAUAACAUAUAAAAUAUGAUUUUUGAAUUUCAAUGACCAACGCUUAUAACAGCAUAUCUUUAAGAAUAUUGUGUGAUAUAACCUAAUUAUAAUUAAAAAAUAAUAAUGUCCUUACUUAGUCCUUAAAGUGAAAAUUUGAAAAAAAAAUACCAAAUCUCUUCAGUACUUAAUUUAAAGCCAAGAAAGAACGCUUAUGGAAUUAUGAUAAGAAAAAUGGUUCCGUGAUGUGGAAAUCCUAAAUUUUAUCAACAAUUCGUCCUGCAAAUGCCAAUUGUGGCCCGCUAGUUGUGUUUGGCUGUGGAGUAUACAAAAAGGUGCUAAUGCAAGCUCGACGAAUGAUAAAAUGCCUGAAUAUAAAUAGCGGGUUGCACAUACGCUGUCAGAACUGUCGCUUCAAAUAAUUUUAAUUAAGUAUACGUAAAUUUUGAGCAUUCUGUUAGGCUGUUUGGGGAUAGUCAAAAUCAAAUGAAUUUUCGCUGUAAUAGCUUUUAAGUCAUGCUCAAAUUGUAGAGUUGUGACGAAAUUUGGACGAAAAUUCCCAAUUUUUUUAGUAUGAUCUGAAAUCAUGAUAGUAUUUUAAGACUUGCAACGUGUAAUUGAUGUCUGUUGCCAUGUGAAUUCUCCUUAAAUGCUUACACCUCAUUUCUAUUAUCAAAAGGAAAUCUUUUUUCAUUGAAAAUAAAUUCCAACAUUCAAAAACUUGUAAGCAAAAGAAAAGUAUUAACGGUAACAGAUUUAAACAUUGCACUUAAACCCUGUUUUAAGACAUUUGCUGUUUAAACAUCUGUCCCCAGAACGGCCUAGCAAACGCACUAUUAAACCUAAGAUACCUUACAAACGCUAGAUUUUGUAGGUAGUUAAUGCAUGAAUAAUCAUAAUAGCGAUUGUUAUUUUUUAUUUUGUUUUGUUUAUUAUUAGUCAAUGUUUAGAUGAAUUGAGAUUUUAGUGGAUAGACAUGUUCGCAAAUAUUUUCGUACUAUAUCGAUGUUGUAUUACACCUGACACACGUUGCGUACAUAUUGCCUUUAUUGAGAAGUGAUAUGUGAAGUUUAUACGAUGUUAGAUUGCAUUUUGUUAGGGAAAGACAAUGUGAUACGCAAGACGGUGUACAUAGAAACACUUGGAUUGUUUGUUGAUCGAUUUUUAACUUGCUCAAGUCCUUUUAAUGUUGGGGAAAUUGUUUUUAGCAUUUAUGACAUUUCCUGCAUUUUAUAUGGCCUAAACAUAUCCUUGAUUCCUAUUGUAUAAGUUAGAAAUUGACAGGUAGGUGGUGAUUUGAUGAGUAUCCGUCGUACAUUGAGCAUUGUAUUUGUACUGAAAGAAUUUGUUACAUUUACAAUGACCUAUGUAUGUGAAACAACUCGCUGUUAUCAAAUUGAAGGUAGAUUUUUAAAGCUGUCGGUGUUUACAGCUGUGUCUCAGUCUAAGUGUUUCUAGUUUAAGGUACUCAAAGAUAUCCCUCACACAAAAAGGUUUGCUCCUAAAAUCCUGAAUGUACAAAAACGUGACACAUCACGCUAGUGAAUUCAGCUAGAUAUUUUUUUUAUUUUGUUAGGAAUGUGUAGUCAUGGUAACGCACCAUUAGCAAGACUGGAUAAUGGUUCUCUUAUUAUUUAAUUCUUUAGCUUCGCGGUUACGUUUCGACUCUGUCGUUACCUUUAUAAUUCCCAUGUUUUAUAUUUAGUUUUUAACAUAAUGUUCCUCGAAUUAGGCCGCGUCACAUUCAUGCGAUGGUUAAUGUUUGUCGCAUUUAUGAGCGGACGGGUUUCAUACAUAUUUAUUUGGUUGAGGAUAUUUGGUUGUAGUCAGACUUAAAGGUUUGGCGUUCUAAUGCUUCAGUGUCUCUCGGUGUCUCCGAGUUUUAUGUGAAUGUGGAUCAAUCUUAGAGCUUUAUCGAAUUUGAUAAUAAUUUACGGAUGAAUAUUUAUAAAAAAAAAUACUGAACAAGAAAAAAGUUGAUAGUAAAAACAUAACUCACUGUUUAGAUAGUUAUUCCUGCAAAAAUUGUGUAUUGUAGUUGGUUUUUUAUCUAUUUUAAAUGAUGCUAGAUGUGUAGUGAACGAAAUUGAUAUGAGCCUUUGCCUUUAGGUGAAGAUAGAUAUAGGAGGAUACGGUCCUAAGCUUAUAGUACGAAUCUAAUAGUUACAUGUUUUUAAUAUAACCGUAUAAAGUGUCCUCGUUAGAAGAAAGUGUAACUAUUUAGCAUAAUAAUCGACGUGUCGGUCCUUCGUAGGUGACGGAUAGUUUGUACGGACGUUAUAGUCGCCAAGCCCGCUCCCGAGGGCAACGCAUCGUGUGCACAAAAUACUCUAAUUAUAACGUUAAACAUUUCUUAUUAAUGGAGUUUUAAUCACUUUUUGAUACUGUGGAUCCGUAGUUCCGUGGUUUGUGAAGCUAUAUGGGAUGUUUAGUUUUUUUUUUAAUAUUAGUUGCAAAUGAUAGUAUUUGAUAGUUGAAUGAGUGUGGACAAUAACGGUGGUUAGUCCUAUAAGGUAGUUUAUUGUGAUAUGUUUGAGCCAGUCGCGAGCGACGCGUGCGGUCAACCACCAUUUUAAUCUUACUCUACUAGGUUCUUAAGUUUUAACAUUGCUUAUACGAGGUUUUGCCGUAACACGUAGGCAGAUUGUUUUUUUUUUCUAUUGGGUAUUUAGUGGAUUUGAUAUUUUGAGCCAUUGUUUAGUGUGCAUAGUCUACUAAUAUUUUUGCUACUCGUCAAUACGCGUACCGUGAAUAGUUCUGUCCAAUUUAUAGGAAUGGCAUCAUGAAUUUUAUACUUGAGGACCAAAUCUGGUUUUUUUGUAUUCAAUUGUGAUUUGAAUAAUGAUAAAAAGAUAAUAUAAAAAAAAAAUAUUAAACGGGAAAAUACAGGAUUUAUUUUGCCAGUUCCUCUUAAAUGUAAGUGAGAAUUUCUAAAAUAUUUUUCUAGUUGAUAAGUGUUGGUGAAUUAAUUUUUUACAUAUUUUAGGUAACUGGUGUGCGUACACAAGUAUUAAACGCAGGUUUUUGAGCACGGGGGAAAAGUUGAUUAUUAUUUUCUCUUUCCUUUUUAUUCUUGAGGAAUUGAAGCGCCACUCGGAUUUGUUAGGGCAUACGUAACAGUAUAGUUUGUAAUCGUGGUGCUAAACACUACUUGUCGACACCAAUAAGUAUAUUUUAUUAUAAUUUAAGUUUUAAGUGACAGUGUUUUAUUCAGUUAAACAAGACAAAUGUAAUGGGAUGUUUAUAUGUAAUUAUUUGUUCAAUGUUGGAAAUCUCACUACAUUUAGUCCGAAAUACAGUGAAUGUCGAUUGUCAAAUGAUUUGCCAUAACAAUAAUUGUUAGUAAUACCAAAAGGAGCUUAGGCGAGCCCCACCCUUCAACGGGAGCUCGCCGAUUCAAUGCAACUAUUUUUAAUAAGCAUUUCUCCAAACACUGCCAGAGUUGAACGUGCCCAUUAUUAACUGCAUUCUGUUUUUAUUAUCAUUGUUUCUUGUUAUAUUUUUUGUUGUUUUUAGCAAAGCUUUGUAGGCGCAAACACUAUUAUUAUUAUAAAAAAAAAAUAGAUUGAUGGUCGCUAGUCCUUAUCUCAUGUAUAACUUUGGAUCUGUCCGUAUGAAAAACUAGGUGUUUUUUAAGAUACUUAAUAUAUAUAUAAAUGAUUACAAAAUAUUACUGUCUGUGGUGAAUAUCGAAUUUUAUGAGCUUAUUAAAACUUAAUUCCGUGGUAUUGGUAAUGCGAUGAAAGUCGUUAUGUGGUGUGCUAAUAAUGUAUACUUUGAUAAUGCACGUCUCCCUUCGCGGCGUCACCUCAAUGUGCCCGAGUUACCGUGGAAUACAACCGAACACAUGACACAGUCCAAUUUUAAAUAUAUAUAUAUCGUGAAUCUUCCACCGUCUCUCAAGGUAAUCGUCAGUAGUAUUUGUAAGCACAUUUUGAAUGUUACUCAAAUAGCUUUUAAGGGAACGAAAAAUCAAUGUAUGUUUAUCCAAAUGUUAGCUUUGACUUAUAGAAGAAUGCACUAAACGUUGAAUUUUGUAAGAAUUUAUCAUGGAAAAAAGCUGAGGAAGUAACAGGAAUGAUCGAGUAUGACUCUUUAAGUAUUGCAUAUUUUUUUCCCAUGGUAAAUUUUGUAUCCACGUAAUUAAUAUAUUUGAUGUCCAAUUAUUGUAAUCUUAAAAUAAAUGUCCUGAGAAAUUGUAAACUAUUUUAUGAUUGGCUAAUUUUUAUAAUAAACUCGCUUGUGAAAACCAUUCGAAUUCACUUGAAUUAACGAAUGUUUUAAAAAUAUAAUUUUAUUUUUUAUAAAAUGGCGGCUUCUUAUUACUAGUGUAUUAGAGACGCGCAUUAUCGAAAGGCGGGUAAUACUAAUUUUUCAAAAAAAAAGUUUGUAAACGAAGCUAUUGUAUUACAUAAGAUGCCAAGUUUAGCUCGCAUUGGACCAAGGAUAUAAUAAGUGUAGCUCACAUCACUUGCUGACGGUAUUAACAUUUUACAUAGAUGGUUUAAAUAAAUAUUUUGAAGAUGUCCUCUUGUCUUUCUUCAUGUUAGAACCGUGUAUACAGUAAUUUUGUGAUUAAAUGUUAGAUAAACGCGGCAUGUUGAUCAAGCGACAGACUGAUUUUAGGGCAGGUUUUUAAGGCGCGGCGUUUGUCGCAAGAUCUGCUCUUGUGCAGUAUUGUAAUGUGGGUAGUCGUGUGUACACGUACGUUAACGAUCGGAGUGAGAUAGACCUACGAGUUUACUGUGAGAGGGAAAGAGACAAAUGAAAGGAAAAUGAGUGAAAAGAAUUUUCGUAUUAUUAACCAAAGCAUAUCUUUACAUAGAAUAUCCGAGUUUUGAUUGAAUGAAUGAAUUUGACAGAGUUUUUUAAUUCGUUACAGCUGAUUUAUGUAUUGUAAGGAAUGUUUGCAGAAAUAAAAUGCACAAGUUAUGCUAGAUGAAAAUAACUUGGCCCCACGUUAGGCGGCAAAUAUUCCAUGUUGAAAUGUAACUGCACUUAUGAAUUGAUUAAUCGAAUUUUAUUGAAUAUAACUAUUGAAAACUCCUUAACUUAUAAUUGUUUAGCCUUAAUUAGUGAAAUAGUGAUAAUAAACACACGACUACCCACUUAAUAAUAAUGUAGAGAAAAUAAAAUAUCCAUUAGGCGUAUCGGUGUUAUUAAUCUAGUUCACAAUUUAUAUAUUAUUAAAAAUAAAUAAUAGUCUUACUAUGCCAACUGUCUUGUUCAAAUGUUGUGAAAAUAUAAGUGUUAAAUGUUGUCCUCCUAUGAGCCGUAAGGGAUAUUGUUUAUCCGUAUCUGAAUAUUGAGUAGUUGAUGCUAGAUGCAUUCUUGAUUUUUUCUUACUAAUGUUUUGUUACUGUUUUGGCACUGUAUUAAUUACCUUCUGACAAAAAAUAUAUAAUGAAUAAAAUGUU